CGUUCGACCGUCGAACUGUACGCUUCCGCUUAGCGGGAUACACGGGUAACACAGAACGUGUUGGAGUUUACGUGCGCGCCUUUUCAACGUCGUUUUCCUGUCAUCGUUUCGCGGACAGAUUCUAUUGUUCUUAGUUGUCGAAUCGUGUGACGGUGCACGUGUUUUGCGGGAAUUUGCGCGGCGUCUCCUCGUUUCGUUGGUUCACGGUGGACGGUGCUCUCCCGCGGGAUCAAGAGCCAUGCGAUUUUCCUGGAUGUUCGUGGCCACGAUGCUACUGGUUCUAGUCAGCGAGGCGAGGUGCAAACGAAAAUUCGACGGAGAUUUUGAGUUCGCCGAAGAGGAUGAUACGCGUAUAAUGAAAGUGGGCGAUAAGAAAAGAUGGAUACACGACCCAAAUAGUGAACUUUGUCGUCCGCUGAACUGCAAGAAGAAGGACUUGUGCCUCUUGAAGGAUACGUUCACCGCUGUGUGCGUCUCCAAGAAGGAACUUGAGAAAUCAGGAGACAUCGUAAUCCCGAAAUCCCGGGCGGUUCAACAGAACCGACGAAUGAGAACGGAAACUUCGGUUGACGCAGAGGACGACGAUGCCUUCUUUGACUCCGAGGACGAUGACGAAGAUCAGGAUGAAUCCAAAUGUCAAGAAUGUCCUGUGGUGAAGCCGACGUUCCUUUGCGGAAGCGAUAAUCGCACGUACAGUUCGCCAUGCCGACUGGAAUACCACAAUUGCAUCCACCACACGUCAGUUCGCAUCGCCUGCAAAGGAUUCUGCCCCUGCAAAGCGGCCGACCUGCGUGCACACAACAAGAAGAUGCAGCUGCAAAGACAGAAAUCACUCUCUGGCAAGAUGUCGCGGAACCGUGACAUCACUUUGACUCCUCAUGUCUUCAACUAUGAUAAUCAUCAUUAUCAAUACCUGAAGUACACCAAACGUGCCAAGGCACUGGCUGGAAGUAAAUAUGACGACAAGCAUCUGAUGAGCAACGAAGUGAUGGAGAAGACACCAUCUCCUUUGAAAUCAACGUACAACUCCCAAUCAUCGCGUAACUCUGAUUGCCCGCCGUCAUCCAAACCCGCAAUGGCGAAUCGUUUGUUGGAUUGGUUCUCCGUCGUGAUGGCUGACUCUAAGCACCGUCGACCGCAUCCUAAACCAAAAGGUCACUUCCCCAUCGGUUGCCAGAGCGAGGUCAGGUGGAUGUUCGGACACUUGGACAGUGACAACGACGGCAGGCUCUCUCUUUCCGAGUUGUACGGCCUGGAACACGAUCAGAACGAGCCAUGUCUGAAACCGUUCCUCGACGGCUGCGACACCGACGGAGACAUCUUCGUGAAUGGUCCCGAAUGGUGCGGAUGUUUCUCGAAGGCUGAACGUCCCUGCGCCGCUGUACGCAAGCGAUCAUCCCCCGACGUUGCACCUGCUUGCGAUUCCCGAGGGUAUUACCGAAGCACCCAGUGUCACCGUGGUCUAGGACUCUGCUGGUGCGUGGAUCCUCACGGCGUGGAAUUCGCUGGAACUAGAACACGUGGCAGCAAGCCAGAUUGCGACACGAUCGUGAACAAGAUCAGCAACGGAGGAUUAAAGACAAACAGCGUGGACCUGGAUGACGACGAGGAUGGUGGUACAGAUUCUGCUCAGGAUCUUGAGGGCUCCGCCGAUCAGCCAUUGGACUUCUAGACUCCUUAGAAUCAACCAGUAACAACAGCAACGGGAGCAGCACCUUAACGUGAUGUCGAACAGCCGGACGACAUUGUUUCCCCUUGUAAAGGGGAACGGGGAACGCUCGUCCUGGUCGUCCGCUGGUUUCGAGUAUCGCCGUUGUGAUUGGAGGUGUCUUCAAGUGAAACAGGUCGGCGAAGGCUGCGACCCACGCGUGAGCCUAAAAAAAAAGAAAACGUCAGAAAAGCAACGAACAAAUACGAGGAUUAACGAGAUGUGACACGAGCAGCGGAUACACCCUCUGGCAUCGUGAUUGCACUAAUUCAAUUGCGUCCUCUUUAGCGAUUGAUCAUGAUCCUUAACCCGGGAAUGAUCAUUCUUCAACAAUUAAUUUCCCGUAGCGAUUUGUUGAUUGAUUAUUUAUAGAUUGAAUUGAAAUAAGAAUACUGUGUAUAAAGAUCUUAUUUUUCUGAUAUUUUUCUCGUCAUUUUACGUUUACGGUUAAUACAAAUUAAUCUGUUCGAAAACACAAGUGCCAAACGGGUUAAGAAGCUGCUGAAUCAGAGAAUCGUAGGAAGUUUGUACAGUGCAAUAACCAAGGGGCUACAUCGUGCAAUGGCAAUCUUGUGUGAUGUUCUAUUUUGAUCAAAGACCACGGUAAGAGAUGUCGAUGUUCGACGCGAUGAAAGAAUCGUAUCGAUGAUCCUUGAUGAGAUACGUUGUACCCUGUGUGCCCGUCGAGGUACCUCCAUGCACAACUCGUCUAUAAAUAAUAUAAUUAUAUACUAUUUAUGCAUAUACAAACUAGAGGUUUCACGAGAAAGGGAAGAAAGAGAAAGGACAGAUGAAGAAGUAAGAGGAAAAGAAGGAAAAGAAGCUCAUUCUCCAUCGGAUAAAAUUCACAUGUCCACUCCACGACGUAUAGAGAUUAUAAUACCUUUAACAAGAAGAGAUACAAAAAAAGAAAAAGAAAAGAAAAAGAAUGCUCUAUGUAAUUAUGAUUUCUAACCGCGCUAGAUUAACGAUAUCUCGAAUUAUAAUGUCUAAGCAUAAUAUAUAUAUAUAAAUAUACAUAUAAAUAUAUAUAUAUAAUACUGUCUAUGACUUACGAUAAUACAGCGGACGAAGACAAGCUGGCUGAGAGAGAAAACCUGGCUGAUCGUCAGCGAACGCGAAGGACUCGUCUAACACACCCUUAGAGAGAUGCACAAGCUUGAAGAUGUAGAAUAUUAAACGGAAAAAGUAAUUGCAUAGUCCGAAUCACGAGUUUAUAGGUUUAAUUGAGCUCUCUCGUAAUAAAGCACCUUCGCUGGUUCUUAACACAGGAAAAAACGUAUGCCGACAACUAAUAUAGAUUUCCGUCGCUACGCUUAUUUAUUUUCUUCACGCUAAACGAUUAAUCUUUCUUCACCAAUUCUGUCCUUUCCUUUUUUAAUUGUCUUUUCUCUCGUAGCCAUCUUGCGUUGCGAGGUUUAGUGUAAGAUAUAUUGCAUAAAAAAGGAUGACCUAUUUCAUACUCGCUAACUACUAAACCGUAGUUCAAUCACGACGAGCAAAUCAUUUUUUAAGCACUAUUUUCAUGGAUAUAAUUAAUGUCUGACUUUUUCUAGGAUCGAUAAAGACUUGGUUUCUACUGCUGAAAAAAUAUUUCUUUUUUAUUGCAAUAAUUUUACAUAAUUUAUAUUGUAACAAUUGAGAAUACCUAAAGAACAAACUUUCUUAUAAUGUUUAACAAACACGUCGUGAUUUAGCUGCGUUUACUGUAAUUAUAAGCAUUUUUACUUAACAACUUUUACUUAACGAGUGUGUGGUACACCGUAGGUACUAGAGUAUAACAUGUAACCCGUAGAAAACUGAUCGGUGUGACUAUGUGAAUAUGCCCUAGUAUUAGAUGGCAAUUUACGUAGGAAUAGCCAGUGCAAAUUAUACGUAUCUCUCAUCUAGAACAAACAUGGAGAUUGAGUUUUCAAGUUUAGGGUACACAUUGUUUCGUUGUAUUCGAUCAAAUUCGAGCCAUUUAGCGCUCUGAUGUAUUAUUGAUUAGAGAUACAUCUACUCUGAAUUUCAGUACUUAUAUUUUAAUCAAAUCUCUAUUCUUUUUCCAAACAUUUGAUCGAUGGUAUAUGAAAUAGACAACAUCAUUAUGAAGUAUUCACACCGAAACUAAAUUGUACGUUUUAUUAUUCUGCGUAAACUGUGAGAGUAAAGUUUUUGCAUUUUAACGAAUAACAUAAUAGGUACCGCAUCACUUUGAAACAUUUAAAGUAACAUAAAAUAAGAAUUCGUAGAAACUCUCCGUGCCAUUUAAACAUUUGGUGUACGGGAACCUCGUCCGCGAUGAAUUAAUUAAUUAACGUGUAUACUCUUUGCUAUGUUGAGCGCAAUUUAUAUUCUGCCUGAAUUAUUAUUAUACCGUCGACCUAGAUUAACAAGCAUAUUAACUUCAAGCAAACAUACAUAGUUUUACCGAAAGUCUUGCAUAUUGUAUAUACAUAAUUAUAUACAAUGGAAAAUCAUCGUCUAUGAUCUUCGUACCGUGAUGAUUUUGUAAGGUAUGCACCUGAUCAAAGCGUAAAGAAUUUUUACUUCAUUCCGGAGCUACUAUUAAUAUUUCACCAAAUUGGUAUUGUACAUGUGGCUGUAAGAAUUCUUUAUGAAUAAAGAUUGUUGUAGAAAUC